AUAAGCCGAGUCCUCGACAGGUUUUGUUUGCCUCCUGGUCUUGGUAGAGUCAACGAUUGAGCCAUGAAGGUAUCCUGAAAAUCGACGCUUUAUUGAGAUGAGUAUCUCACUUGUAAAACCCGUCUGACGUACGUUAGUUUCCGGGGGAGGAGUUCCAGGGAGUCUCCUGGAUUUAGUCCUGGACAAGAUGACGCACGACGUGAUUCGUCUCAUGUACAUACUACUCUUUCUCCUUUGGAGUCCCGGCGUGGUAAAAUGUUAUAACGUACCGUGUACAUUCAACACAAUGUGCAUGUGUUGGGUCCAGGACGAUGACGACGACUUUACGAAAAUGGAUAUCAGUUGCAUGGGAGUUCCAUUCGCGCGUUUUCCUGACGUAUCGGUGAACUAUGUGACUCAGCUGGAUAUUGUCGGCUCCGGGAUGCAAGUGUUGGACAAUGACGCGCUUGCAAGCUCCGCGGGUGUCGAAGCUCUAGGGUUGAUGAGCAAUCGAUUAUCCAGUAUAGGUGACAAAUCUCUAUUAGGUAUUACGGACAGCCUACGUUCACUGGAUCUAAGCUAUAACUCUCUCGAGGAUGUACCCUUCAAGGCCUUCCGCGAUCUAAAAAAAUUGAAUUGGCUGAAUAUGCACAGCAAUCACCUAACAUCGUUGGACGGCGACUGGGGCCGCACCAGAGACACUCUAUCGAAUGCGUUUUUUGGUGAUAAUUCGAUCACAGAAGUCCCCAGACUCUUCUCGAGUUUCGGCGCGCUGGUGUGGUUGAAUGUAGACAGCAACAACAUCGAGGAGUUCCCUAAGGAAUGCUUGCCGCCGAAUAUGCACACUCUGAGCAUCAACAAUAAUCUUCUAAAGGAAUUCCCGCAGUCUCUAGAAGGCCUGAAAGGCCUCACGUGGCUUUACAUGAGAGGAAACAACAUCAAGUACCUGGAACUGCCAGAUUUCCGUAGUUCCAGUUUGGAGCUGAUCGACCUCAGCGAGAAUUCCAUCGAGUGGAUGAAGACAGCGACUUUGAGCAAUCGCACAUUGAAGGUGGUGGACUUCAAUCUUGCCGGUAACAAACUGACCUCAUUGCCAGGCAGAAUGUUCGAUCGCCUGGAGAUCAAAAGACUGCACUUAUCGUCGAACGGUAUCAGGAACGUCGACGACGAAGCCUUUCACGGUCUGGAAGAGAUUCUCGAGUAUUUGAACCUGGAGAACAACGAUUUGUCGGCGGUGCCAAAUGCCGUUAGUCAAUUGAGAACGUUAUCGUAUCUUUACUUAGCUAAUAAUGAGAUUCGAAAUAUCUCUGGCGAGGCAUUUCAAGAAUUCGCAGAGCAUCUGAAGGCUCUCUCUCUCGCGACUAACAGUUUGGACGCGGUACCAGUGGCCGCACUGUCCAGAUGCCAGAGGCUACUGCACCUGAAUCUCGGUUACAACAAGAUCUCCCACGUGGAGUCGGGUGAUUUCGAGUGGGCCGAGGACCUUGAGAUCCUGCUGCUCAGGAACAAUGUCCUGACGAAACUGAAAGCUGAGACCUUCAAGGGGGCUGGUAAAUUGAAAGAACUCAGCCUGUCGUUUAAUCACUUGACGGAACUCGACGACGACUGUUUCGUCGGUAUCGAGGAGAGUCUGGACAUUCUCGAGUUGAGCUUCGCCUUCGCCACGGAUGUGUUUCCACAACGUGCACUCAGGCCGCUCACGAAUCUUUUGUGGUUGGUUUUAGACAACAACAAUUUUCAGACGAUCGAGGCGACGGCUUUCUACUCCUUCCAGCAACUGCGUUACAUCAGCAUGGAGUCGAACAGGCUGCAUUACUUGCCCGAGAGAAUAUUCCUUUCCAGCGUGCACCCCGAAUUGAAAGACGUCAAGCUGGGAUAUAAUUUCCUCGAAGCGAUUCCGGAGUCGAGUUUCCAUAAUUUGACCGAGCUGCGUUCUCUUGAUCUCACUGGAAAUCGAAUAAAGAUCUUAGCGUCUGGCUCGAUCAUAGAUUGCCCUAAGCUGGUGACCAUAUCGUUAGCUUACAACAGGAUACAGAAGAUAGAGAGGAACGCUUUCUACAGUCUGUCUAGCUUGCGUUUCCUUCACUUGGAGUUCAAUAAGCUGACCGUGUUGGAUUUGGGUGCCAUCUCGGAGAUCGGCGGCCCUGACUUCGCUUUGAACGUCUCCUUCAACGCGAUAGCAUUUAUCGACUCAGGAUCUUCGAUGAAUAAUCUCACCAGACUGGAUCUUGGAUUUAAUAAUAUCAGUCAUCUUUCUCCGGAUACGUUUUACGGCACGGCCGAUUUGAAAAGUCUCAAUCUGCGGAACAACUUUCUCACUACAAUCGAUCCAGGAACGUUCGCGCUUCCUCACCUGGAAACUCUGGACAUAAGCGAGAAUAAAAUCGACACGUUGCGCAAACAAUCCUUCCACGGUCUGGAGUCUCUCCAGAGACUGGACUUGGGCGGAAACGAGAUCACUCAGCUGUCGACCGAGCAGUUUAGGAACUUGAGGAGUCUGCGAAUUCUAAAUCUGUCGAACAAUAAGAUCCGAUCGUUACCAAGAGACGUUUUCGAGGGCACCAGACUAGAGAUCCUCGACUUGAGCCACAAUAAAUUCACUGCUGUACCCUCCGCGUCGUUUUUAGAGGUCGGCUAUACUUUGAGAGAUCUCAACAUGGCAGAAAACUUCUUGGACCAUCUAGACUCGACCGCUUUCCCGACUUCUCAGUUGGUGUCCUUGAAUCUAGCGCAAAAUCGCCUGACGAUUCUGCCGGAUAAUUCAUUCGUCUCCUUAGGCAAAUUACUAAGCUUGAACGUGUCGCAGAAUAUUCUUCAGGCGAACUUCAAGGAACUGUUUCAUUAUUUGCCAGAUCUCAGGCAACUUUAUCUGGCCAAUUGCGGUCUCAGGAGCAUACCGUUGCUACCACUGACGAACUUAAAUGUCUUGGAUUUGUCUUUUAAUAACGUUGACGAGACCACUGAUAAACAGUUUCAGUAUCUGGAAGGUCUGAAAAUUCUCUUACUAGUCAAUAAUUCGCUGACAUCGAUGCCUAGUGUUAGACUGAAUCUUUUGAGAGAACUCGACGUCUCCGGAAAUCCUAUCGAGGAACUGACGAAGGAGAGUUUUCUGGGUUGCUUGCGACUGGAGAAAUUAAACUUGAGAAACUUAAAUCGCACCAGGUCAGUGGAUAAGGACUGUCUACGACCCUUGAAGUACCUGAAACACCUGCGCAUCCAAACGUGGCCGCAGGCUGACGGCUUUCAUCUCCGUCACUUGCUAUCCGGCUUACCGCUUCGAACGGUCGAGAUUCAAGUGACGGAACAUCUGCUGAAGCAUCAGAUACAGAACGCCUUUACGAAACAAUUGAGAGAACUGACAAUCACCGGAAGCGAUCUCGAGCUGAUCUCAUCCGAGGCGUUCUCCACCAUCGAAGGCGGCGAACUGAUACUGCGAAUCAAGGACACGCACAUCCGCAGACUUCAGUCGGAUAUUUUUCUAUCGUUGACGAAGAGACUGUCUCAGCUCACGCUGGAUCUCAGAAACAAUCACAUCAAUGAACUGAGUCCGUCGAUAAUCUACGGGAACCUCUCUUGGGAGACUGUAGGGACCAACAUGGUGGCCGGUGGGCUGCAGGUAUCCGGAAACCCGCUCGAGUGCGACUGCGAGAUCGCGUGGCUGAGCCUCUGGCUGCGCAGGUGGCUGAGAGAGUCCCGGCAGAUCCACACGGCGUCGCAAUCCGACGCCAGACAAUUGAGAACCAUAGCCGGACGAGCCGUGUGCACGGAGACCACUCCGUCGUACUCGUCCGACAAGGUCCUGCUGACUCUGGGUACUCCGCACACCGCCUGCCAAGCGUCCGCCCUCAGCUCGGGGAAUUACGAACGCUUGGCGACAGCUUGGCUGGCCUUCGUCAAAUUCUUCAUCCUCGUUUUCGUCGUCAAUUAAUUCGCGCAACAACAAACAGCCGUUUCAUCGACUCGAAAUCGACUUCAAAACGUCGUUUUCAACAUCAGCUGUUUUCAUUCCGAAGCGUGGACGACGAAAUUUUGCGUUAAUCGGGCCUCUUCUCGGGGAAAGGACUGAUAUUUCGCCCGAAUGUAGAAUUCUAUUCCAAAGUGGAACAAGGAAAGUACCGCGACUCGUUUAGUGCAUUGUCAGAUUUAAUUUUGCGACAGGUGUGCGAUUGCCUGUACGGAUUACCAGCUCUUCAGCAACACCAGGACAGUUUUCGCAAAGCCCCCUUUCAUAUAUUGCGCGUAACGCAGAUGAAUAUUUAUGUUCCAUACGCGUUGCACACCUUUCGCGCGAUUUAAAUGAUGUAACAUUAUGAUUCGGUAUAUCGUGACUUUCACUUUAAAUUUCUCACUAUCGCUGAGACAUAAAGAAAGCAUCGUACAUUACGUAAGCGUCAGGAUCUCCUUCACGUGUGAUGUGUUUCUAAAUCAAAAGUUUCUAGUAAUUUAAGUGAUUGUGCGCACACGAGGAGCUAAGAGAGAAUUUAUAAUAUUGAAUUUACGUAGA